AUGCCGCCGCGUAAGAGAGUUUUUCGCACUCAGGCUGCUAGUGCUUCUCGAGAGGGUGGAGAUGAGCAUGUGCCGCCACUAGUUCCACCGAUUGAUCAGGAUGCCCUUAGGCAGAUGGUGCAGGAUGCUGCCAGACAGGCCGCACAGGAGGCAGUCCAGCAAGCUGUCCAGGAGGCUGCUAGAGUAGCUGCACAAGAAGUGGUUAGGCAGAUGGCUGCAGCUCAGCAGGGUCAGCAGAUUCCGCCAGUUCAGGUUCAUGGGCAUCAGCAGCCCCCUAUUCAGCCGGUUCCACCAGUUCAGGCUCCACCACCACCACCACCUGUCCUUCCAGGGCAAGUUCCCGAGGUUGAUGAGACGCUUAUGCGAGUGAUGAGACAGAUGAAAUCUGUGGAUUUGGAGACUUUUGGGGGAACAGUAUAUCCUGUAGAGGCCUAUAAUUGGAAGCAUAGGCUGGCCACGUGUCUGCAGACUAUCAAUUGUCCAGUGCACCUUUGCCUUAGUAUUGCAGAGUUGUAUCUGCGUGGGGAUGCAUUAGUAUGGUGGGAUGGAGUGCGAUUGAUGCAUGAUGGCGACAUGACUUAUGAGGAUUUCCUCAUUGCAUUCGACAAGAAGUACUUUCCCAGAGAAGCGUUGCACCAGGAGAAGAAUGCUUUUGAGCAUUUGAGGCAGGGUACUAGGAGUGUCAGGGAGUACGAGCGAGAGUUUUGCCAACUCCGCUUGUUUGCUGGUAAUAAUUUCGAUGCAGAGGACUUGAUCAGGAGGUUCUUAGAUGGGAUGCGAGUUGAUCUCCGCGGAAGGUGCAGUAUGGUUACUUACACCAGCUUGGAGGAUCUGGUAGAAAAAGCUGAUGUGCAAGAGGCAUGUAUUGCUAAGGAGCAGAAAUACUCCAAAGCAACUCAACCUAAGUCGGGAGAGAGUUCAGAGCCACAAAAGAGAACAUGGGAACAGUUAGGAGCACCUAGUUGCGACAAGUGCCAUCGCCACCAUUUUGGAGAAUGCGUCCAGUGUUUUAGUUGUGGAAGGAUGGGACAUGUUUCCAAGUAUUGUCGGAGCAGACCAGCCGAUGGUCAGGGUACUGGGCAGAAUGCAUCUCCAGCAACGGGACCUGGUAGUUGCUUUAAUUGUGGUCAGACGGGUCAUUAUUUCAGAGAGUGUCCAACGAGGGUACAUACUACACUUCCACCGCCGGCUAAGCGUCCGGCCAUCGUCCCAUGA